CCGCCACCGGCAGCCCGGGCAGCCCGACACCAGCGAGGGCCGAGCUCCAGGCCAGCCGGCACCCUGCCGGGGGGGGAUGAAUCUGCGCAGCGAGCCCCUGCCCCUGGCCUGCAGCACCCAGCUCGACCCUGAGGCAUCAGCAGAGAACUGCAACCAUGCUGCUUUAUUUGCAAAAGCUGAGGAGCUGCUGGUGAAGAGGAUGGCAAGUGGAGAUCCUGUGGCAUGGUUUUUGAGAGGACAACUGUACUACGAAGAGGGGUUGUAUGAAGAAGCAUUAAUACAAUUUGAAAAAAUCAAGGAUGUAGAUUUUCAAGCAAUGUAUCAGCUUGGUGUAAUGCAUUAUGAUGGACUAGGCACUACAGAAGACCCUGAGAGGGGAGUGGAAUACAUGGAGAAAAUACUCUACUCUGAUUCCCCAAAAGCAAGACACUUGAAGUUUUCAGCUGCAUACAAUCUUGGCAGAGCAUAUUAUGAAGGAUGUGGUGUCAAGCAGUCAACUGAAGAGGCUGAAAGGUUGUGGCUUUUUGCUGCAGACCAUGGAAAUCCAAAAGCAAGCGUAAAGGCCCAGAGUACUUUAGGAAUGUUUUAUUCUAUGUCGCCUCAAAAAGACCUGAAGAAGGCCUUUUUCUGGCAUUCAGAAGCAUGUGGCAAUGGAAGUCUGGAAUCACAGGGAGCACUUGGUGUUAUGUAUCUCUAUGGGCAAGGUAUAGGUCAAAACGCUAAGGCUGCUUUGGAGUGUUUCAGAGAAGCAGCACAACGUGGCAACAUCUAUGCUCAAGGUCAUCUUGUGGAAUAUUAUUACAAUAGAAAAUUUUACUCAACAGCUGCUGCAGUAGCCAAAAGAAUUACUGACCAUGAUGACAUCAAUACACUAGCAAAGAUAACCGACUGUCUUCCCGCAUAUGUUGCCAAGGGGGUUGCCAUGGCUGCUUUCUACUUGGGUAGAUGCCUCCAGCUUGGCCUAGGUGUACAGCAAGACCAAGCUGCUGCUGCAAAAUACUAUUCUAGGGUAAGUUCGGAAAGUCUAAAGUCUUUACAUUUGUCUGGAAAGACUAGUUUAUGUCACAUGAAACUGAGUGAUACCUUGGGUUUCAGUCUUUAAACUUCUUUGGUUAAAGACUCCAACAUCAUGUUAAAAAAAAUUGUGCAAGAAAAGGAAGAGUUAUAAAAUUAUAUCAAAAUCUACUAAAAAUAGUCUGAAAGGAUGCUGUCUGCCCACUUGCUUAAGCAAACAUUGCAUUACGGCAGACGUCAAAAAACCAUCUGUGGCAACUACCACAGCAAAGAGCUUGGUAACCUGCAAGACAGAUUAGCUAAACCAUUUGAAUGAUCUUAUCCCAAACUGAUUUGUUGUCUCUGUCGUUCCCUCAAACUGGAAACCCCUAAGUUUUUCUCUACUUUAAAUUCUCUACCAAUUACAACCAUCAUUAACAGUACUGAAGUUGGUCAUACCUAGCUGUCAUACUUGGUUUUAUGUUUGUAUUUUAACAAUACCUGAGGAUCUACUGUUACUGACACACAGGGGCAAAAAUAGGUCACAUUGUUUGAAAGUUCUGAAGUUGGAGUAAAAUUUCUUGCUUGAGGAAGAAGAUCAACAGCAGCUUCUAGAAGGUGAAUCUACUAGAUAAUAUCAGUGAUAGCUAAAGGUACAGUCAAGGCAAGAUGAUUACACCAGCUGGAAGGGAGUGUAGCAAGAUUGGAUCUGUGCUUCAAAAAGAUUAUAUGCUUUCUGUGCAUGUAGAGACCAUUUGUUUCAGCAAGUAGAAUACUUCAUGUCCAUCUUGGUGCAAUCCAAAUAGACGGAGAGUAAUGUAAAUGAUAAAUUAUCAAGUAACAAUUUUUGUGGCUCCUUACUCAGGGAAGCCACUGAUACAAGAGACUUAGAGAAGAGGUGGUCCUCUGAAUGCAUACUUUUUAAACAUUUUAUUUUCCUGCUGUGAAAAGUGUUAACAGAGGAUAGGAUGAGGAGGAGAAUGGGAAAGGAAUAUAAGCUGGUGUUAAGGAUGCCAUAGGCAGCAAUCCAAGGUAAGUUUUAAGGACUUUUCACUCAUCAUUCACUAGCUGUACAUCUGAGCUUGAUCUAGGAAGGCUGCUACCUUCUUAGUAUAAAGAGAGAUGAUUUCUACUGAUCAGUGGCAUGCAUCUCCACUCAACAACAGAAGAGAAGUAAUGGAAAAUAAACAAGGAAGCUACCUGAAGCAGUAACUUCAGAACAAGUAAAAGACAAGAGUUGUGGGUGUGAUCAGUUUCUUUUGUGCUUGGAAAAUAAUUCUUGUGUUAACUGUACAGUUAUACCCACUUAAAAUCAAAAUCUUGUUUGCUUUUUUAAUUAACUGCUCAGCUGUGGUUUUGGCCUACCAUUCUAAGACCCUCUCAGUUCUGGAAGGCAAGAAAGAGAUGGGCAUUCCAGGGGGUACUGAAAAAGGUGAUGCAAGUGAAGUGAACUGAUUCUGCCUGUGAGCAGAUUUAGGUUUUUGACUGUGGUGGCAGCACAUGCCAUAUCAACAAAGAGAAUAAAAAAU